GUGGGUUGCAGUUGAUUUUGCCUCUACGUGAUGACGUCAUCGACGCCAGCGCGCUCGCGAGUUUUCUGAGGUGAUUUGAGCAGAGAAGGAUCUGCUGUUCCUACCACAGAACUUGAAGCUCCUCCCACAACAGCUCACCAAUAUAUGCUGGACUAUUCCCAUCAAUCUAUAAGUGAAGAAGAGAGUUGAACAGAGAACAUGAGUGAUCCCGAAUCCUGCAGAAUGGAACAUGAAGAUACCGAAGAACAAAGAGACUUAAUGGAACAGAAUGAGGGGAGUGAAAAACUGGGCAAAGGAGAUGAGAAUCAUCAUCAUGUUAAAACCGGAGAAAAAUCUUUGAGGAGGGCCAAGAAUCACUUAAAAAUCCACACAGGAGAGAAGCCUUUUACAUGUGAUCAAUGUGGGAAGAGUUUCGCACAAAAAGGAACCCUGAAGAGACACAUGACAAUCCACUCUGGUGAGAAGCCUCACACAUGUGAUCAGUGUGGGAAGAGCUUCACAUACAAAGAACACCUUAAGGGACACAUAAAAAUUCACACUGGAGAAAAGCCGCACACAUGUGAUAAGUGUGGGAAAAGUUUUAUACAUAAAGAAAACCUUAAGAAACACAUGAUAAUCCACACAGGAGAGAAACCGCACAUCUGUGAUCAAUGUGGGAAGGGUUUCACUCAAAAACAAACCCUCAAAGAACACAUGAGGGUCCACACUGGAGAGAAACCGUACCCAUGUGAUCAGUGCGGGAAGAGUUUUGCACAACAAAGACAUCUUAAGGUACACAUGAAAACACACACUGGAGUGAAGCCAUACACAUGUGAUCAAUGUGGGAAGAGUUUUGCACGAACAGAACACCUUAAGGGACACAUGAGGAUCCACACUGGAGAGAAGCCGCACACAUGUGAUCAAUGUGGGAGGAGUUUUGCACGAACAGAACACCUUAAGGGACACAUGAAGAUCCACAAUGGAGAGAAGCCGUACACAUGUGAUCAGUGCUGGAAGAGUUUUACACAUGCAAACACACUUAAAUUACAUCUGCAUUCUCACUCGGGAGAAAAACCGUUUUACUGUGAUCAGUGUGGGAAAACUUAUUUUUCUGCAUCAUCCCUAAAGGUCCACCUGAAAGUUCAUUCAAAGGAGAAGCCUCACAUGUGUUCUUUGUGUGGAAAAGAGUUUUAG